AGAAAGUUAAUAUGAAUUCACAAAAGGGAAGAGAAAAAAAAGGGAAAGCAGGUGGUCGGGAACCGGCGAAGUUCGUCGGAUUUCACCCAUUCGUCAUUGGAGCUUCCAAAAAAACAACUCUUUAUCUGAGUUUCGAUCGCAGAUAUAGAAAAAAACCGGGAAAAUGAAGGGAUCUGGACCUCUUGUUGCUACCGUGCUCGUUGCGUCUACGGUGGCUCUCACUUCGUCUUCAUCCGCUGGAGUCCAACAUGUUUCUUUUUCUCCAACCUCCUCCAACCAGGAGUCACAGAACAGUGCGUCGAGGAAUCGUACGGCGUCAGAAAGGGAGAAAUUCGCGCCACGGUUUGAUGGCUUAAGGUUCAUAGAGACGUUGGUCACAGCUCACAGAUAAAAGAGAGAUUAGACACAUAAAAAAACGCCGUACUUUCGUUCCGUUUUUCAUUUUUCGAAAAAUCGCGCUAACCCAUUCCCAAAAAAUUAUUCUUAAUUUAAUUGUUAUAUAUUUGAAUAUGAUGUGGGAUAUUAGAGUGCCGUUUUUGUGGUUUUGUUUUAUAAUUUCAUGUCGUUUUCGUACUCUUUGUGAAUUCUGAUUGAUUUUGAUGUCGAAAUUAGAAUUUCCAAUA